CAGUCUUGAAGUCAGCAUGGACAUGAAUUUGUCAGCGCGUUGUGCUUUGGUUCUUUUUCUGUUGGCAUUUGUAGAUUUGAAAAUAGUCUCUGCUGCAGAAACGGAAGGCACAUCUACAGCAAAGCCUGGAGUGUGCCCUGUUAGACGAUGGGGGAUAUGUGCAGAGUUAUGUUCCAAUGACAGUGACUGCCCCAAUGACGAAAAAUGCUGCCACAAUGGAUGUGGGCAUGACUGCAUUGCACCUUACACAGCAAAGCCUGGAGUGUGCCCUCGUAGACGAUGGGGCAUGGGGAUGUGUGUGGAGUUCUGUUCCAAUGACAGUGACUGCCCCAAUAAUGAAAAAUGCUGCCACAAUGGAUGUGGGCAUAACUGCAUUGCACCGACACAGAGUCUUGAAGUCAGCAUGGACAUGAAUUUGUCAGCGCGUUGUGCUUUGGUUCUUUUUCUGUUGGCAUUUGUAGAUUUGAAAAUAGUCUCUGCUGCAGAAACGGAAGGCACAUCUACAGCAAAGCCUGGAGUGUGCCCUGUUAGACGAUGGGGCAUGGGGAUAUGUGCAGAGUUAUGUUCCAAUGACAGUGACUGCCCCAAUGACGAAAAAUGCUGCCACAAUGGAUGUGGGCAUAACUGCAUUGCACCUUACACAGCAAAGCCUGGAGUGUGCCCUCGUAGACGAUGGGGCAUGGGGAUGUGUGUGGAGUUCUGUUCCAAUGACAGUGACUGCCCCAAUAAUGAAAAAUGCUGCCACAAUGGAUGUGGGCAUAACUGCAUUGCACCGACACAGAGUCUUGAAGUCAGCAUGGACAUGAAUUUGUCAGCGCGUUGUGCUUUGGUUCUUUUUCUGUUGGCAUUUGUAGAUUUGAAAAUAGUCUCUGCUGCAGAAACGGAAGGCACAUCUACAGCAAAGCCUGGAGUGUGCCCUGUUAGACGAUGGGGCAUGGGGAUAUGUGCAGAGUUAUGUUCCAAUGACAGUGACUGCCCCAAUGACGAAAAAUGCUGCCACAAUGGAUGUGGGCAUAACUGCAUUGCACCUUACACAGCAAAGCCUGGAGUGUGCCCUCGUAGACGAUGGGGCAUGGGGAUGUGUGUGGAGUUCUGUUCCAAUGACAGUGACUGCCCCAAUAAUGAAAAAUGCUGCCACAAUGGAUGUGGGCAUAACUGCAUUGCACCGACACAG